AUGAGAAAUGAAAAUAUUUUGAAGUGUAAAUUCCCUGAAGAAAAUUUUAGUUCAAUCAGAAUAAAAGACCCAUUACCUAAAACCAUUUUACAAUCAAUUGUUGUUGUUCUUUCAAGUUUAAGUGCUCCAUUCGUUCUAGUUUACAAAUAUCCACACCAAGUUGGUAUAGAAACUCUUUGCUCUCUAUUUUUAAUUCACUGUAUUAAUAAUUCAAAUCAAAAUUUUUCAGUAAAAAAUUUUAAAGAAAGUUUACAAGUUCAAAAUGUAAUUCCAAAUUGGUGCUUUAAUUUUUUAAAUUUUUUAUUUUUUCAUCAAAUAGAGAAUUUGAAAUUGACUCCAAUACGUGAUGAUGGAAAAAGUAAAUUACCAAUGCUUCCACCUCCUGAAACUACUCAUACCUUUGUUUUGUCAACAAAUAUUGAACUUGGAAGAAUGUACAUUCCAUUACCAAAUUUUCCACCAUCAGGGAAAAUUCAAGAUGCUAAUUCAGAUUCAAUUAUUAAAUACUUGGCAAUAUAUGAUUCACAGGAUACCAAAAUCAAUUCAUUGAAUGGUUGCUUUUUAUUAUUUUUAAAACUUGAAAAAAAUAUAGAUUUAACAAGUUUAAUUAAAAUUUUAAAAUCAAAUUUAAAACCAUCAAUCAAAAUAAAUUAUUAUAAUUUUAUAGACGUAUCAGAAUGGGUAAAAUCAUUUAUUAAUCAACAAAAUCCUGUAAGAUUAAUAAAUCUUAACAGUAAAUAUUAUUAUAGAAGAGGCUAUAUUUGUUUAAACAAAGCUGCUCAAAAAUCAAUCUCGCUAAUUUCAGAUAAACAAAAAGAAAGAUUAGCAUCAAUAUCCAAAUAUUUAAAUAAUUAUGCUGGCACCCAAGACCUUUCUAAAAAUAUUUCCGAUGUUAGUGGUCAAAAAGAAGAAUUCUCAAUAAACUGUUGGUUACUUGUUAGAGAAAGUACAGAUGCUCAGCUUGGUCAAGGAAAAAGUUUAUUAAACCAAGCAUGUCUUGACAUCAACUCAAUGUUCUUUUUACAAUUAAAGAACUUACCAAACAAACCACCAUUUAAUAUGACUCCAAGAUUAAUAAUAGAGGUUGUUAGUUGUUAUUGGACAUCGUUUCAAGAAAGAACUCAAAUUUAUAAUUUAUAUCAAGAAAUUGAAGAAUUUGAUGUUGUCAUUGUUGCCUCUCUUGAUCGUUUAACCAGAAGAGGCUCAGAUUUUUCCGAAGCCGUUCAACUAUUCACAAACAACCACAUAUCCCUCUUUAUUAUUAUGGCUCCAAUUGAUUUAUUUGGUGAUGGUAUAAGUCUUCUCGUUGAUUUCGACAAGAGCUCUUGCUAUACAACAACAGUAAAAAUGUGGGCUAAUGCAUCCUGGACUCAAGUAGCAACUCCAUUUGACCAGGUUAUCGAACAAUUAAAAAACCUUUUUUCUGGCUUCAUCCAACUUUCUAUUCAACAUUCUAUUUAUGUCGGUAGAUAUUAUGAACAAAUCAAAUGGAUAGAAAGAAACUUUGGUGAAAUGUUCAUAGACUCUUUUUGUAAUGACAAAGUACUCCCUGGGAUUUAUUUUUCUAGAACUUCUCCUGGUAAAUUUAAUCAGACAUCUUCGAGUAUUAGCAAUUCAAACGAAGAUCAAAUAAUAUUUUUAAAAGGUCUAAUUUCCUUAAGUGAGUCUUCAAAAAACCCACAAGUACCUGCUCAUUCAUAUAAAUCCAUUGAUAAACCAACUUAUCAAAAAAAUAAUGAUGAAUAUAACAUUGAAAUAGAGGAUGAAAAUGAAAAGGAUGAUUUUUUAAUUGUAAAUAAAAUUAAUCAAUUUAGCGAAAAUGAAAAAAAAAAUUUUAUUGUUUCAGCUUUGGCAAUUGAUAGGCUAAUUAGAGAUGAAACUUUUUUAGAACCUUUGUUAAAUGCUGCAGAGAAAAAUAAUUGUUUAAUCAUUAUUUUUUUCCCAUUUUUCGAAUUCAUUAAAAAAAAUCAUAGUGAUUCAUUUUUAUUAGAAACAAUUAAUUCAGUUAGAAUAUGGGCUGGUAAUCAACCUUUAAAUGAACUAUCUCCAGCUAUUCUCAACUAUUCAAAUUUUUUAAAGUUUCAAAUUUCAAAAGAGAAAGAAUUUCAAAAAAGAUUUAACAAUGGUGAAGAAAACUCAAAAUACUGGUAUUCAAAACAAUGUGUUUAUCCAACUAUAUUAUCACAUUUUAAUAAGAAUGAUUUAAUGGAGUCAAUUAAAAGAUCACAACAAUUUCUCGAAUAUAUUAGAAAGAAUAUUAUUCCAUACUCAAGAUACCAUGGUGACUUUAAGAAUUUAAUUGGAAAUAAAACCCCAAUUGACCCAAGUAAAUCAAACUUAAUUUUACCACCACAAGAAAAGCAAUACAAUAUUGUUACUUUUAUUGAUUCUUGUUUAAAUGCCUGUAAUGUUUCAGACUCGGAUAGAGCCAGUUUUAAUAAUGCGGUUACUGAAGCAUCAUCCUCAUUUCACUAUGAUACCUUCACCCCAAAAUCCCAUUCUAACGUUUCAAAAGAUGGUUACUUUCUCAUAAAUAGUAUUAAAGCUUUUACUGAAGAAUUUAAAAACUUUGAACCUAAAUCCGAUUAUAAAAAUUUAUUCAACUCGUUUAACAACUCAAUUAAAAAUGAACCAGAAAUAAAAAAAGAAACAACAACAACAACAACAACAACCCCUGCCCCAUCAUUAACAUCAAAAAAGCCAUCAAUUAAAAAAGAAUCAACAGCAGCAGAAACUACAACAAUAACCACCCAUGCCCCCAAAAAAUCAGCAACAGAAACUACAACAACAACCACCCAUGCCCCCCCAAAAAAACCAGCUUUACCAUCGUGCUCAGUAUGCGAAAAUAAACCAAGUGUCCAUAUAAAAUCACCAUUCUGCUCAAGAGAAUGUGCACAAAAGAACAACAAUUCAAAAGAUGACCCUAAUGUUUUUAAGGAAUGUGUAAACUAUGAAAAAUGUAAUGCUAUUAUUAUGUAUGCUGGUCCACCUACACUUUUAUCCUUUUUAUUCUCUGCCAUUGCACCAAUAGCAAUAUAUUGUGAAAACUACCAUGAUUAUUACUAUUUAUAUUGUUAA